AUGAAAUACUUGGGGGCUUAUCUGCUCGCCAGCCUCGGAGGCAACGACUCUCCUUCCGCUCAAGAUCUGCUCAAGAUCCUAGGUAUUUCGAACCUUUUUUUUUAAUUCUUCGGACAACACAAUUAGUUUUAAAAAAUUUAACUGUUGCACAUAUCAAUUCUUUUAUUCAUGAGGUCAUUCGAAUAUGUUUGUUUUGAGCUUUUUUUCGAACUGUCAUGGUGUGUUUAGCAGUUAGACGGAUUAUGUCUAAGAAAAAAAAACGUGCUCAUCAACCGCCAGGAUUGUACGAGAUCGAGGUAAAUCUCCUACGUCUUAAAAUGUAUCGAUUUUGCAAGACCAAUUCUCUUUUUGUUUGAGACGAUUUCGAGACGAAAAUGUCGUUUUUUAUUGGUGGAAAUUGCAAUUUUUGAUGCCGUGUUCAAAGUAAUUUCCGCGAAAUGCAAAAUACCCGUUAGAGAAAGGAAAAGAUCACUAAAUUUUGGAGAGUCAGAGAUCAUUUUGCAUUUCGCGGAAAUUACUUUGAACACGGCAUGAAAUCUGGAAUUAUUUCGAGACGAGAUCUCGAUUUCAAAAAUCAUAUUUCAAACAACCCUGUUGAUGGCGCCAAUUUUCAUUCAAAAAAAAAUUUUUUAAAGUUUUUCUAAUGAAUUCUCUUACUUUCUUUUUCUACAUGUGUAUUUCGUAAAAUUCAUAAUCUACAUAUAGUCAAUGUUUCCCGACUUGAAAGGCGAGGGAGGCGGAGCAGGGGGCGGAACGCGUAGCGUGUGCGUACGCGGUUCUUGGCACGAGCUCAAUUUAACCGCCAUCGACUCUUUGGAAAUCCUGUUUUUUUCGCUCUUUUCACUCCUUUUUUUCAAUUAUUUAUUGAUUAUGUUCAUGAGUUCAUCAAAAAAAUAGUAGAAAAACAUUGAAAAAAAGAGCGGUUACCGAGCUUUUUAAAUAGUCGGCGACAAUUGAAUUGAACUCGUGCCAAGAACCGCGAACGCACACGUUACGCGUCCCGCCCCUUGCCCCGCCUCUUUCGCCUUUCAAGUCGGGAAACAUUGACUAUAUUAAUUAUACUACUUCAUUAUGUGCUUCCCUUUAAAAAAUCAUUUCUUUAUUGACGAUAGUUCAUUAGAAAUGUUAGGGAUAGUUUACCCGCUAUUAAUUUGAAUCCGAAUGAGUAAAUUUCGGAUGGAGUGGCCGCGACGCCAUACAUUGCCGAAGCGUUUAAUGGUUUUGUUCUUGAUAUUACCCAGGUCGUCAUUUAAGCAACCUGAGAAAUAUUUUUUAUUGACUUCUGUCUUAUUUGCGAAUUUACAUCUAUCAUUUUUAUUUUUCAACUAAGUAAACAAGCCAAAACUAUGAAUGGACCGUAAACCUGUGUAAGCACAUCUCAAAGCCCAUAAUCUUGGAAACCGAAUUUUUGGAACCACAAUCUUGAAAAACAAAAGAGAUGUCACAAGAAAUUGUGUUCGGUGAUCGAAGCGAAGCAAGAGAGUAUAUAAGAAGAAAAAAAAACAUAAAUGAGAGCUUUAGCUUUUUAAGAUUGUGGUUAUCAAGGUUUUGGUAUUUUGGUUUCCAAGAUUGUGGGCUCUGAGAAUUACGUACACGGACUCGAGAUUUUUUCGUACUAUAAAAUUUCAUUUCGCUCUUUUAUUCCGCGUUUAAACCUGUUUUGACGUAGUAAAACAGUGUUUCCCGUUAAAAAAAAUUAGCCCGAAUCGCAGGGAAACGCGGCAGGCUCGUACAGCAUUAUUUGUCGGCUCUGUUACUUAACAAAAAAGAAGUUAUAAAUUAUAUUGAACAUUUGCCAAAAAGGCGCAAGCACCCAAUCGAGCCUUUGAACCAGAAAAACUUCCGCUACGCGCGUCAAGUUAUGCCGUCUUCAAAUUGAUUCCGCGAAAUCCAAAAUAGUCGUCAGAGAAAGAAAAAGAAAACUAAGUUUUGGAUAGUCAGAGAUAAUUUUGAAUUUUCUGGAAAUCACUUUGAACACGGCAGUAGAUUUGAUAACAAGGCUCCCGUAAUAAAUGAAUUGGCAUGGGUGUUUUGACCUGUUAUUAAAUCUUCACACGAAAUAUCUUCGAUUUGUUAAAAAUUUUAUACGUGGUCUUAAUAAAUUGAUACUAGCUUACCCAUUUUUCAAAAACGUUUGCAAUUAGAUUCCUGGAUCAUUAAGUCACGUUUUUAGGAGCCGGAGGUCUCGACUGUGACAUGGAUGAUGCUAACAAAGUCGUUUCUGCUCUUUCGGGCAAAACAAUUUCUGAAGUUAUCGCGGCAGGAAAGACGAAGCUUUCGUCCGUCCCCUCCGGUGGUGGCUCCGCUGCCCCCGCUGCUGCUGCUUCCGCAGGUGCGGCAGCUCCGAAAGGUCAGUGGCGCUAGCGUUUUUUGGACCCAAGUUUAAAUUUAGCUGAAGAGAAGAAGAAGGAAGAAGUCAAAGAAGAAUCAGACGAGGAUAUGGGCUUCGGUCUCUUUGAUUAA